GCUCUCACAGGCCUCUGCAGCUCCUGGUGGGGACCCUUCUAUCAGCCCAGUUCAUACAGGGACCACCAGCCAAAAGCAGUCCCUGGGAGCUCUAGCCCUGCCCCCACCAUUGAAACUGUCCGUCUCCUUGUCUCCAGGACCUUUCCUGUGUGUCCUUCUCUUCCACGUUAGCAUCCUCAGGCUCUCCUGACAUGACCCCACACACACACACCCUGCAUUUUCCCACUCCAGCUCCCCCUGCCUGCCCAUGGAUUAGGUCCCAUGGGUCCUGGGGGAGGGAGCUGGUGGGAUCCUUGGCAGUGCCCGGGAACCUUCCUUCUUCCCUCUCCCCGACCAACAUCACACCUCCCCAAAGCUCAGGACAGGGCACUCCACAUUCCCACAUCUUCCUUUUCUCUUCCCUCCAGGCCAGAUACGGUGAGUACAGGCAGGUGUACCAUAUUCUCCUUUCUCAUGCCCCUGGCAGACAUCACUAAUCAAUCACAGCAGUCUUUUUGCACUGAGUCUGGCUGCAAUCUUGAGUCUUUGCCCGCAUCUCCAAUGCAGCCAACAGCAGCUGAUCCAAGUCAGCCCUCAAGGUGUAAUCCGUUUGCCAUUCCUGCGUUAGGCUGACCCCCUCAGGCCCCUCACCUCGGCCCAUCCUCAAUCCACCCUCACGUUUCACAUCUGAUUCCUUUCUGCCUCACUGCUGGAUAGAGGUCACAUGGGCGUAGCCAGCUGUGGUUUUUCUCUGUCCCCAUAGGCUGAAGCCACACAGUCCCCAGAACUUGGGACCAGGAGGCGGUUGAAGGCGCUGGGGCAUUGGCCCCAAGUCUCGAAGGCGGAAGAGGAUCUGGUCGGUUUGCUGUCAGUGCAGAGUGCAGCCAAGCCCUUGCUGGGGAGAGUGCGGUGCGGGGCUUGGGGGUGAUGCUCUUGUGUCCAGCACCUGUGCAGCAGCACCUGGGCCCGGCAGGCACAUCUCCCAGCCCCAGAAGGGCCUGCACGCCGACCUCCCCGCCCUGGCCCCUGGUCAGGCAGGAGGUGAGUAGCGGACAGCAGGUCCAGGGCGGGGUGGCCGCCCAGCACCCCGGGGGCUGCACGCUGCAGCCGUCCCAGCUGCCUGCUGCCCUGCUGGCCCCUGAGCCCAGGAUGCGAGGAUGGCCACCUCAUCUCUGCCCACGGUGGUGCCUCUGGGCCCUGAGAGCCUGCGCCCCUUCACCCGGGAGUCCCAGGCAGCCAUAGAACGGCGGGUGAUGGAGGAGGAGGCCCGGCAGCAGCGGAACAAGCAGAUGGAGAUCGAGGAGCUCGAACAGAAGCCGUGCAGUGACCUGGAGGCUGGCAAGAGCCUGCCCCUCAUCUAUGGGGACCCCCCGCCGGAGGUCAUUGGCAUCCCCCUGGAGGAGCUAGAUCCCUACUACAGCGACAAGAAGACCUUCAUCGUGCUCAACAAGGGCAAGGCCAUCUUCCGCUUCUCCGCCACCCCUGCUCUCUACGUGCUGAGCCCCUUCAGCACCCUCAGACGCUACGCCAUCAAGGUGCUCAUCCACUCGCUGUUCAGCAUGUUCAUCAUGAUCACCAUCUUGACCAACUGCGUGUUCAUGACCAUGAGCGACCCGCCUUCCUGGUCUAAGCAUGUGGAGUACACCUUCACAGGGAUCUACACCUUUGAGUCCCUCAUCAAGAUCCUGGCCCGCGGCUUCUGCAUCGAAGACUUCACAUUCCUCCGGGACCCCUGGAACUGGCUGGACUUCAGCGUCAUCAUGAUGGCGUACCUGACGGAGUUUGUGGACUUGGGCAACAUCUCAGCCCUGAGAACCUUCCGGGUGCUGCGGGCCCUGAAAACCAUCACAGUCAUCCCAGGGCUGAAGACCAUCGUGGGAGCCCUGAUCCAGUCGGUGAAAAAGCUGUCAGAUGUGAUGAUACUCACCGUCUUCUGCCUGAGUGUCUUUGCCCUGGUGGGGCUGCAGCUCUUCAUGGGAAACCUGCGGCAGAAGUGUGUGCGCUGGCCCCCGCCCUUCAAUGACACCAACACCACGUGGUACGGCAAUGACACCUGGGACGGCCAGGAGAGCUGGGCCAGCAACUCUACCUUUGACUGGGAUGCCUACAUCAAUGACGAAGGGAACUUCUAUUUCCUGGAAGGCUCCAAUGACGCCCUGCUCUGUGGGAACAGCAGCGAUGCUGGGCGCUGCCCUGAGGGUUACGAGUGCAUCAAGGCCGGGCGGAACCCCAACUAUGGCUACACCAGCUAUGACACCUUCAGCUGGGCCUUCCUGGCUCUCUUCCGCCUCAUGACACAGGACUAUUGGGAGAACCUCUUCCAGCUGACCCUUCGGGCAGCCGGCAAGACCUACAUGAUCUUCUUUGUGGUCAUCAUUUUCCUGGGCUCCUUCUACCUCAUCAACCUGAUCCUGGCGGUGGUGGCCAUGGCAUACGCUGAGCAGAACGAGGCCACCUUGGCCGAGAAUCAGGAGAAAGAAGAAGAGUUUCAGCAGAUGCUGGAGAAAUUCAAAAAGCAGCAGGAAGAGGCCAAGGCCGCUCAGGCGCUGGAAGGUAGGGAGGCAGACGAGGACCCAGCCCACGGCAAAGACUGCAACGGCAGCCUGGACACAUCGGCGGGGGAGAAGGGGCCUCCAAGACCCAGCUGCAGCGCAGACAGCGGCAUCUCAGAUGCUAUGGAAGAGCUGGAAGAGGCCCACCAGAAGUGCCCACCAUGGUGGUACAAGUGUUCCCAGAAAGUGCUCAUAUGGAACUGCUGCACCCCGUGGAUGAAGUUCAAGAACAUCGUCCACUUGAUCGUCAUGGACCCCUUCGUGGACCUGGGCAUCACCAUCUGCAUUGUGCUCAACACCCUCUUCAUGGCCAUGGAGCAUUACCCCAUGACGGAGCAAUUUGACAGAGUGCUCAACGUGGGCAACCUGGUCUUCACGGGCAUCUUCACAGCAGAGAUGGUGCUGAAGCUCAUCGCCAUGGACCCCUAUGAGUACUUCCAGCAGGGCUGGAACAUCUUCGACAGUAUCAUCGUCACCCUCAGCCUGGUGGAGCUGGGCCUGGCCAAUGUGCAGGGGCUGUCGGUGCUCCGCUCCUUCCGUCUGCUGCGGGUCUUCAAGCUGGCCAAGUCGUGGCCAACGCUGAACAUGCUCAUCAAGAUCAUCGGCAACUCGGUGGGGGCGCUGGGCAACCUGACGCUGGUGCUGGCCAUCAUCGUGUUCAUCUUCGCCGUGGUGGGCAUGCAGCUGUUCGGCAAGAGCUACAAGGAGUGCGUGUGCAAGAUCGCCGCGGACUGCAACCUGCCCCGCUGGCACAUGUACGACUUCUUCCACUCCUUCCUCAUCGUCUUCCGCAUCCUGUGCGGGGAGUGGAUCGAGACCAUGUGGGACUGCAUGGAGGUGGCCGGCCAGGCCAUGUGCCUCACCGUCUUCCUCAUGGUCAUGGUCAUCGGCAACCUGGUGGUCCUGAACCUCUUCUUGGCCCUGCUGCUCAGCUCCUUCAGCGCCGACAGCCUGGCGGCCUCGGACGAGGAUGGCGAGAUGAACAACCUGCAGAUCGCCGUCACGCGCAUCAAGUGGGGUGUCGGCUUCGCCAAAGCCUUCCUCGUGGGGCUGCUGCAUGGCAAGAUCCUGAGCCCCAAGGUUAUCAUGCUCAGCCUCGGGGGGACUGGGGAGGCUGGCGAGGCCGGCGAGGCUGGGGAAAGUGUCUCAGAAGACGAGAAGAAGGAGCUACCGCCCGAGGAGGAUGAAAACAAGGACCUCAAGAAGGACAAUCAUAUCCUGAACCACAUGGGCCUGGCUGACGGCCCUCCCCCCAGCAUUGAGCUGGACCACCUCAACUUCAUCAACAACCCCUACCUGACCAUCCACGUGCCCAUCGCCUCCGAGGAGUCUGACCUGGAGAUGCCCACAGAGGAGGAAACGGACACCUUCUCAGAGCCUGAGGAUGGCAAGAAGCCGCUGCAGCCCCUCGACGGGAACUCCUCCGUCUGCAGCACUGCCGACUACAAGCCCCCCGAGGAGGACCCCGAGGAACAGGCCGAGGAGAGCCCUGAGGGGGAGCAGCCUGAGGAGUGCUUCACCGAGGCCUGUGUGCAGCGCUUUCCCUGCCUCUACGUGGACAUCUCCCAGGGCCGAGGGAAGAUGUGGUGGACCCUGCGCAGGGCCUGCUUCAAGAUCGUUGAGCACAACUGGUUUGAGACCUUCAUCGUCUUCAUGAUCCUACUCAGCAGUGGAGCCUUGGCCUUCGAGGACAUCUACAUCGAGCAGCGGCGGGUCAUCCGGACCAUCCUGGAAUACGCCGACAAGGUCUUCACCUACAUCUUCAUCAUGGAGAUGCUGCUCAAGUGGGUGGCCUACGGCUUCAAGGUGUACUUUACCAACGCCUGGUGCUGGCUCGACUUCCUCAUCGUGGAUGUCUCCAUCAUCAGCCUGGUGGCCAACUGGCUGGGCUACUCGGAGCUGGGACCCAUCAAAUCCCUGCGGACACUCAGGGCUCUGCGUCCCCUGAGGGCACUGUCUAGAUUCGAGGGCAUGAGGGUGGUGGUGAAUGCCCUCCUGGGAGCCAUCCCCUCCAUCAUGAAUGUGCUGCUCGUCUGCCUCAUCUUCUGGCUCAUCUUCAGCAUCAUGGGCGUCAACCUGUUUGCCGGCAAGUUCUACUACUGCAUGAACACCACCACCUCCGAGAGGUUCGACAUCUCCGAGGUCAACAACAAGUCCGAGUGCGAGAGCCUGAUGCACACGGGCCAGGUCCGCUGGCUCAACGUCAAGGUCAACUACGACAACGUGGGUCUGGGCUACCUCUCCCUCCUGCAGGUGGCCACCUUCAAGGGCUGGAUGGACAUCAUGUAUGCAGCCGUGGACUCCCGGGAGAAGGAGGAACAGCCCCAGUACGAGGUGAACAUCUACAUGUACCUCUAUUUCGUCAUCUUCAUCAUCUUCGGCUCCUUCUUCACCCUCAACCUCUUCAUUGGCGUCAUCAUUGACAACUUCAACCAGCAGAAGAAGAAGUUUGGAGGGAAAGACCUCUUCAUGACGGAGGAACAGAAGAAAUACUAUAACGCCAUGAAGAAGCUUGGCUCCAAGAAGCCUCAGAAGCCAAUUCCCCGGCCCCAGAACAAGAUCCAGGGCAUGGUGUACGACCUGGUGACGCAGCAGGCGUUCGACAUCACGAUUAUGAUCCUCAUCUGCCUCAACAUGGUCACCAUGAUGGUGGAGACGGAUGACCAGAGCCAGCUCAAAGUGGACAUCCUCUACAACGUCAACAUGGUCUUCAUCAUCAUCUUCACGGGCGAGUGCAUGCUCAAGAUGUUGGCCCUGCGCCAAUACUACUUCACCAUCGGCUGGAACAUCUUCGACUUUGUGGUCGUCAUCCUGUCCAUUGUGGGCCUCGCACUCUCUGACCUGAUCCAGAAAUACUUCGUGUCACCCACGCUGUUCCGUGUCAUCCGCCUGGCGCGGAUUGGGCGCGUCCUACGGCUGAUCCGAGGGGCCAAGGGCAUCAGGACGCUGCUCUUUGCUCUCAUGAUGUCACUGCCCGCCCUCUUCAACAUCGGCCUCCUCCUCUUCCUGGUCAUGUUCAUCUACUCCAUCUUCGGCAUGUCCAACUUCGCUUACGUCAAGAAGGAGUCGGGCAUCGACGACAUGUUUAACUUUGAGACCUUCGGCAACAGUAUCAUCUGCCUCUUUGAGAUCACCACGUCAGCCGGCUGGGACGGGCUCCUCAACCCCAUCCUCAACAGCGGGCCCCCCGACUGUGACCCCGCGCUGGAGAACCCGGGCACCAGCGUCAGGGGCGACUGCGGCAACCCCUCCAUCGGCAUCUGCUUCUUCUGCAGCUACAUCAUCAUCUCCUUCCUCAUCGUGGUCAACAUGUACAUCGCCAUCAUCCUGGAGAACUUCAACGUGGCCACGGAGGAGAGCAGUGAGCCUCUCGGGGAGGAUGACUUCGAGAUGUUCUACGAGACGUGGGAGAAGUUUGACCCCGACGCCACGCAGUUCAUCGACUACAGCCGCCUCUCCGACUUCGUGGACACCCUGCAGGAGCCGCUGAGGCUCGCCAAGCCCAACAAGAUCAAGCUCAUCACACUGGACCUGCCCAUGGUGCCAGGGGACAAGAUCCACUGCCUGGACAUCCUCUUUGCCCUGACCAAAGAGGUCCUGGGAGACUCUGGGGAGAUGGAUGCCCUCAAGGAGACCAUGGAGGAGAAGUUCAUGGCUGCCAACCCAUCCAAGGUCUCCUACGAGCCCAUCACAACCACCCUCAAGAGGAAGCAUGAGGAAGUGUGCGCCGUCAAGAUCCAGAGGGCCUACCGCCGGCACCUGCUGCAGCGCUCCGUGAAGCAGGCUUCCUACAUGUACCGCCACAGUCAGGACAGCAGCGGGGACGCAGCACCCGAGAAGGAGGGGCUGAUUGCUGACACCAUGAACAAGAUGUAUGGCCCUGAGAACGGGAACAGCGGUUUGCAGAGCAAGGGGGAGUGGAGGGGCUCGACAUGGGACCCCAGACCUGCCCUGGGGCUCCUGUCCAUCAGACCCACAGACACAGCCCUCCCUCCCGCCCCACCCCCGGGGCAGACGGUGCGCCCAGGGGUCAAAGAGUCUCUUGUCUAGCAGGUGGCGGUGAGGUGGCACAGCCCCAAAGCUCCCCCGUGGCGCCUGCCCCUGAGGGAGCUAGGGCUUUGCGUCUGGGACUGAUCCAGCUCCCUGUCGGGGACAGGAUUUGGCCGUGCUGGGCUGUCACCCAGGCCGUGGCAAACGGGAAUUGUACCUGAAGU